AUGGCGCUGCUGGGGUCCCAGCGGCCCGUGUCGCGGGCUUGCAGCAGCGGCAGGUGGCCUGACCCUGGGCCUGGGCCUGUGGCUGGGCUGCGAGCUGAGGCGCCUCCCUCUGCCCGGAGGACGGGGAGGCCGGGCCCGAGGCCCUUGCCCUGCCGCCGGCGUUGCUGGUGGCGGGCGGCCGGCGGCCUGAGCGCCCCUGCUGGCGGGCGGCCUUGGCCGCCGCCGCCUGGGGGCUGGAGCUGGGCCUGGGGCCUAGAGCCGGGCCUGAGCCAGGGCCUCGCCUACGCUCUCCGCUCCUACGGCCGCACCGACUCCCCGGGCCGCUGCCUCCUCAAGCGCUCCGUCGACCAGCUACCGGCCGGGCUCGGCUGCUGCGGGGUCCGUGGGCCCACAGACUGGUUCCAUGUCCAGUGGAUCAGCCAGCGCUUCCUGGACCUCAACGACAGCCGAGUGCGAGACCAGCUGCACAGUAACAUUGCAGGCCUGUACCUGAUGGACAGUGUCCCGUUCAGCUGCUGUAACCCAGCCUCCCCCCGGCCCUGCAUCCAGCACCACCUGAGGGACCCUUCAGCCCACUACAACUACCAGCCCGGGCCCGAGGACCUCAACCUGUGGACCAGGGGCUGCCACGAGGCUCUCCUGGACCACUACUCCUCCAUCCUCAACUGGGUCGGUGCUGCCCUGCUCCUCUCCUCCCUCCUACAGUUUAGCUUGCCGUUAUUAUGCUGUGAGCCGAAAGGCCUAUUCCUGUGCCGUGUUGAGUUUGUACACUCCUGUUCCUUCCUCUCACCCCUUCCCCUGUGGAAGCUGGGCCUGCUGAUAACAAUGCGUUACCUCAUCAUCUCAACCCUGGCUGCGGAGGCUCAGGGCGAUCCCGACUGCGAGACGGUGGGCUACCUCCUGGAGAGGGGGCCGGUGGACACGCUGAGGUCGGCCGCCAAAGCGCUGCGGUCCGCGCUCUCGUCCAACGCGGUCCAGACCGACACUGCCCCGAUCGUGGAGAAGAUGCCGGAUAAAUAGACCCCUUGUUGUAGCCUUAGCUGCUUAACCUUUCACCCCUCCCUGCCUGACCCCCACCACGGUCUACUCCA